CAAUCACGGGCAGCCUCGCGCUCCCCUGGUAGGUCUACUCACCAACCUACUGUCUCACAUUUUGAUAGAUCACUCCGGAGCUAUAAACGCGCAUCAACACAACUCGAUUUUUCCUUGCUACCCGAAGAUGAGAGUGUCCAUCGCGGUGCCCUCUGCAUGCUUUACCUCCUAACUCGGGCUCUAGACCCGCAGCUGGGACGGGAGAGAGAGCAACCUCUCUUUUCUCUCAUCAUCACUAACUUGGUGUUCCAAGGACACGGGGAGCGAGCCGACAGUCGACGACAAUAAUUGUACGGUAUUUGUGUAUCCUUUCUCAUUUAAGCAAACUUCCUCAUCCUGUCUUUCACGCUGGGCACAGAAGCAGAGAGGAGAAGAAGAAGGCUCCGCAUCGCUAUUUCUACCGUGGAAAUACAUUUGGUGGGGUUUUGUGCCCUGUCCGUAUUUGGUGAACCCUGGAUUUAGUGAACAUGGAGACGGUGGAGAAGGAGUGCGGGGCGUUAGGUGGACUAUUCCAGGCGAUUGUCAAUGAUAUGAAGUGUUCAUACCCCGUGUGGGAGGACUUCAGUGCCAAGGCCACCAAACUGCACUCCCAGCUCCGGACCACAGUGCUGGCGGCAGUGGCCUUCCUGGAUGCCUUUCAGAAGGUGGCGGACAUGGCCACCAACACCAGAGGCGCCACCAGAGACAUUGGAUCAGCUCUUACCAGGAUGUGCAUGCGCCAUCGCAGCAUCGAGGCCAAACUGCGCCAUUUCACCAAUGCUCUGAUGGAGAGCUUGAUCACUCCUCUCCAGGACAGGAUUGAGGAUUGGAAGAAGACCGCCAACCAGCUGGACAAGGACCAUGCCAAAGAGUACAAGAGAUCUCGUCAUGAGAUCAAGAAGAAGUCCUCAGACACCAUGAAACUGCAGAAGAAGGCCCGGAAAGGCCGAGGGGACCUGCAGCCCCAGCUGGAUAGUGCCAUGCAUGAUGUGAAUGACAUGUACCUGCUGAUGGAGGAGACAGAGAAGCAGGCGGUGCGCCGCGCUCUGGUGGAGGAGAGGGGACGCUUCUGCACCUUCAUCGGCUUCCUGCAGCCUGUAGUGAAUGGAGAGAUUGCCAUGCUGGGAGAGAUCACUCACCUCCAGGCCAUUAUUGAUGACCUCACUGUGCUCACCAUUGAUCCCCACAAACUGCCCCCCGCCAGCGAGCAGGUGAUUAAAGACCUGAAGGGUUCAGACUACAGCUGGUCCUACCAGACCCCUCCCUCCUCCCCCAGCAGUUCUGGCUCCAGGAAGAGCAGCAUGUGCAGCAGUGUGAACAGCGCCCACAGUAGCGCCUCUCGCUCCUCCGGAGGCUCUCAGACUCACUCACCCAGUUCGUCCUAUCGCUACCGCAGCCUGGCCCAGCCGCCACCAGGGAACGCUCACCGCCUCAGCAGCGUCUCCUCCCACGACUCAGGCUUCAUAUCACAGGACGCCAACGUCUACUCCAAGCCUCCCUCGCCCAUGCCCUCUGACAUCACCAGCCAGAAGUCAUCAAGCUCCGCAUCCUCCGAGGCAUCCGAGACCUGCCAGUCAAUCAGUGAGUGCAGCUCUCCCACAACGUUUGGCUCGUCCUUCGCUACCUUCCGUCCUGCUCUCUCUCACACUGGCUCCAUCAGGCCUCUCUCUGUCAUACUUCCUGCGUCCCCACCCUAUAACUGCUCCCCUGGAUCCAACACUACCUCUCCCACAUCAAAGGUUCCUUGCUGGAAGGAUUGGUCCAAGGCAGGAUCUUAUGAGCAGCCAUUGGCUGCCACGCUUCAGCGGCGGAAGGAGCCCCUGGAUAGGCUGAGGGAGAGCGAGGUAUCCCCGGGCUCCCAGGGAUAUGCUGGUGCUCACCCAGACGAUGUCCAGAGGCCCCGAAUGACCCCCGCCACCAUCGCUGCCAAGCACGGCGAAGAGGUGUCUCCAGCAGCCAGUGACCUGGCCAUGGUCCUGACCCGUGGUCUCAGCAUGGACCAGCAGAAGAGCAACAGGGACUCCCUGCAGUACUCUAGUGGCUACAGCACCCAGACCACCACGCCCUCCUGCUCCGAGGACACUAUCCCCUCUCAGGGGUCGGAUUAUGACUGCUACUCUGUGAAUGGAGAUGCCGAAGGUGAGGCGUCAACUGACUUUGACAAGUCCUCCACCAUCCCCCGCCACAGCAACAUCGGCCAGAACUACCGCCGCAUGAUCCAGACCAAGAGGCCGGCCAGCACCGCUGGUCUGCCCAGUGGGGCCCAGGGCGGAGUGCCUGGAGGGGGAGGGGGCAUUGGGACCCCUGGGACUGCCACCAUCCGCCGAACCCCAUCCACCAAGCCGGGUGUGAGGCGCACCCUGUCCAACGCGGGCCCCAUCCCUAUCCGCCCACCCAUAGUGCCAGUGAAGACACCCACGGUGCCUGAUGCUCCUGGGGGGUACCCCGGGCCUCCGGUACGUGUGGGCAGUGAGGAGUGCGUGUUCUACGUGGCGGAUGACUCCUCCCCCAACACGUUGGAGUAUGUGAAGGCCUCUCCCAAGCGUCUGAGCCUGCCCAACACAGCGUGGGGGUCUGGGGGAGCGAUGGAGAUGAGUGUGUAUGUCCAGCACGGCUCUGAGGAGGACCAGAUGAUAGCCGCUAACCGCCACAGCCUGGUGGAGAAGAUAGGAGAGCUGGUGGCCAGUGCCCAUGCCCUUGGGGAGGGACAGUUCCCCUUCCCCAACCUUCCUGAUGACCCCCCACCUGGCCCGGCCCCCCAGCACGACCCCCAGGCCACCGGGUCAGGCACCGACGUGCUGGUGUCCAUCCGCAGGGGUGUGCGGCUCCGCAAGACCAUCUCCAACGACAGGUCAGCGCCCAGGAUUUUGUGAUGGUCCACAGCGGAGCGGAGGGAGCGCAGCCUGCACCCACCGUGGUGCCCCAACCACUACAUACAGUACUGACACUGUAGUAAAGAAGUGAAUAUGACAACAGAAGAUUACAAAAAAAACAAGUUUUAAUUAGAAGUAAAUGAUAAAUAAUAAUAAUAAUGCUGAUAAUGAAAAAGUAAAGGAUGAAUAAUAAUGACAGGCUCUGGCCACUAUAACUCUGUCGUGUCUGGGCGCAUGUUUGUUUAAUUAGCACCACCAUCACCAUGGGAUCCUCAGACUGUAUAUAGAGACGCUGUCUGGACUGACUGCCGAGUGAGAGACUGUUUAUAGGGACCUGGACUUCCAGCCACCCUCUCCACCUCCUCCCACAACCCCCCCACUCCUCACCCAACCUCUUACCCCCCCAUUCUAGAGUAAAACAGAGGGAAGCAGGUGGCGGAGAGACAGAUGAAAAGUGGGGUCAAUAGGGGGUCCCAUCUCUCCCUUUAGCUCGGGCCACAAGGCUCUGACAAUGCACUGUUAGCUUUAAACCAUGGCUAACCGUGUGUGUGUGUGUGCGCGUGUGUAAGAGGUGGGCAGAGUUCUGCUGCAGGUCAGCCGGUUGUAUUUGAGGGUAGGGCUUCUCUCCUCUGUGUCGUUUGUUGUUACCCUCACACGGGGCACACACUGGCUAAAUCAACGUCGUUUCCACAUAAUUUGAAUGAAAUGACGUUGGACCGACGUGGAAUAGACGUUGAAUUGACGUCUGUGCCCAGUGGACUGUUUUUAUUGUGACAUUUGAUUUCCUGUUCCCACUGUAUGAGAAGCUACAAAAUGAAGCCAGGCGUAUAUAUUUUCUAAAUCCAGAGAGAACAUGUGAAUAAGAAAUGGAGCAAUAAAUGUGUUUUAUUUUCUGCUUGCGGAGUGGAGGAGAAACGGAAGCUGUUAUCUUAGGUUUAGGUUCUCUUUUUUUAACUUGCAGGCAAUCAUCAGGCAUGCUCAAGUACACAUGACAGUGGCUGUCUAACUCUGGCCAUUGUCUUUUCUCGAGUCCUGGCCUGAUGUGUUAAAAAAAAACAGAAAAAUCCUAGAAAACUGAAGCACUUUGAAGGUUAGUUUCUAGUGUGACCACUAGGAGUCAGUGUGGUCACGCUAUGUGAUGAGACGAGGGUGCUGGGGGACUGAGACAGUUGGUUGUCAUGCGGUGUGCUGAGUGCGUGCCACAGACCAGUGAGUGAAGCAGUUCAAUUGGUGAGAGAAUAGGAAGAUCGAAAAAGGAAAUGAUAAAGAAAUGUGGGAAAUGGGAACGGAAGGUUACGCCAUUGGAGGCAUGGUUAUGUACAAUGGGUCCAUGCUGAAAAGGUUGAAUUCCAAAAAAAACUGAUUUCUAAUCUAGAUCAUAACAUUUAUGUAAAGAGGGGGAUGGUAAAGCUGCUGUACUAGUCAUCACCUGUUGUGAGUCUCAAACAUGAGAUCCAUAGCUCAUGUGAACCAUGUGCAGCCUUACUCGGGAGCUGGCUUUGCUAAAGACAUUAGAAUGAAAGUGACUAUAGAGAAACAGUGUGGAUAAUGUAAGGGGUUGCCAGAAGAAGAAGGCGGAUAUUUAUGUUUACAGAGUUCGCUGGAAGAGUUGCUGCAGCGGAGAGAGAUGGAAGGAGCAUUUCACUGCCUGUUCAUACUGUAAGCCCGAGUCGAGAGUCAGACGCACAGGUGGACGUCAAGACUAGAAACUGUAUGAAUAUAUAGUAACCUUUCAGAAAAUUAUGUUGCCAUAUUUUUGCAAUAAUGUUACGCUGUAGUCUUACUUUUGUCAAUGAAAAAAAAAUAAUUCCACAGAACAAUGGAUCACAGUGAUAUAGGAUCUGAGCAGGCAGAGAGAGCAUAUUAUUCUGACCGUUGUACUGUAGGGUAGUGAUGAACUUCAUGGAUGUCUGCCCAAUGCUCCCUAGCAGUGAAUGUUGAUGUCCUCACCUUGACGACAAUGACCAUUACAAAAUGUAUCUCGAUGCUUAUUUUGCUUAAAUAGAGCACUGUUUUAGAAAUGCCUGUGGCUGUUUUAAAGCGAGGGUCUGCUUUGAGAAGAUGAGAGAAACACCUGGUAUUGUAGAAUAUCGCUCAUCUGCUGGAGUGCUGAAAUAGUACUUCCGCAAGGAGCUCUGUAAGAGGGUAUGUGUGGGUGUGACGCGGGGUGGUGGAGGAAGGGGAGAGACCAGCAGUCUGGUGGGCGUGGCCCAGGGUGGAUGUGACCUCCCGUGGCACAGUGCAUUCUCGACCAGAGGAUGCUCAUCCAGAGAAUGUCUGCAAAGCACAGGUCAGAACGAUGUAUAUUUAUAUAUACAUAUAUACAUACAUAUACUGUUUAAGAAGUUGAACACUAAUUGUACAGGUCAAAUUGCUAGAAUUAAAAAAAAAAAGUUUAACUCACUUUACUUCACAUUACUGAAGAAAUGUUUACUGUCUUUUUAACUGUGCAGACUUAACUCUGGCAAUUAUUCUGUUCCAAUUUCUUGUCAUGCUUGAAUUACUCUGCUUCAUUCUGAUUGUGUGUGAUGCUCCUUACCGUUCCCGAGACCCCAACUAUGUAACCAUCACUUCUAUCAGAGCAUUAGAGCGAGAGAAAGACAGGAUGUGGCACAGAGACAGACAGACCGAGUGAGACUGGGCCGUUUGCUAGUGUGUGUGUGUUAGACUGAGAGGACCCCUACAGAGGAACUACAGGGAUGUCAGUCUUGGUUGUCUCUCUGCCUGGGAUGAGGUGACACUCUCCAAGACCCCAUGGUGGAUGACUAGCAGUCACCUCACUCCCUCACACCCCCACAGCUGGGCUGUCUCUGGGUAUGUGAAGGCCUCUCCCUCUUUCCUCACCAUCACUUGCUUCUCGCCAUCCUCACACUGGACAGAGAUGUCAGUUUAACGUCUAGUUUCGAUUUACAUUUGGUUGAGUUGUCAUCUAACAAUAAUUCAACAUUAAAUCUUUUUUUUUUUAAAUUAUGUUAAAAGUUGGGUGCGAAAAAGACGGAUGCCCUGGCGUUGAUGACUUUUUGCACAUCCAAUUAGUUUUCAAAGUUGAUUCAACGUCAACGCAUAGUAUUUUGGGGGGUUGGAAUGACGUGGAAACAACGUUGAUUUAACCAGAUUUUGCCCAGUGGGCUAUCCCCACUUAUACUGUCAAUAAAUGAACGUGUUUCUUUUUAACCUCUUAUCCACCACAACCCCAACUUCUACUAGCAGCUCACUCCAUAGCUUGCAUCAGCAUCAGCUCUUAAGCCAGAGCCAAGCCCAAACUCCUACUAGCAGCUCACUCCAUGCUUGCCUCAGCAUCAGCUCUUAAGCCAGAGCCAAGCGCAAACUCCUACUAGCAGCUCACUCCAUGCUUGCCUCAGCAUCAGCUCUUAAGCCAGAGCCAAACCCAAACUCCUACUAGCAGCUCACUCCAUGCUUGCCUCAGCAUCAGCUCUUAAGCCAGAGCCAAACCCAAACUCCACACAGAGGACUUUGACUGAAACACUUUCCCGCUGGGUGCUAAUGCAAGGACAGGGAAUAACUGUGUCGUCACAAUAAAAUGCUAGUUUCACAUUAGAAGAACAACACUUCCGUGAGAACAUGAUAUGAUGUCUCAUGCUGGCUGGAUUAUAGCUAAUGAAAUCAUUUAAAUUAAACCUUAGCUUCACUCUAAGUGAGUGUUAAUUUGCGAUAAGUGCCCAUGUGACUUCUCUCUCUCUCAAAUCGGGUGAGUUGUUUGUCUGUGUAUCCUGCUGCGCUUACCACGGGUGGUGUGUCCAUAGUGUUAGCGCUGUCGUGAGGGGAAUGGAGCAAAUGGGUUGAUGGGAGUGUUUUAGCAUAAUACACUUCUCUUCAUGUCGAGUGAGGUUUGCACAGUGCUGUGUAGAGAUGCAUUUUUCACUUCCGUGUCUCUGCAAUACAGCCUCGGUCGCAAAUUACACUUAUUUAAAUAGCUUUUUGCAUACUUAUGCAGAUCACUUUCACAAUUUCAAUAAUAGAGAAAAUGUGCUUUCAUUGCCUUGUGAGUUUCACUGUGUGUGAUUUAAUACUCCCCCCGCUAAGCUAUAUAGAAAUAACAAUGGAACUCAUUCAUAAUGUAGGAUACUGGAUAUGUAACAGGAGUCUAUAGGUCUCAUUGGGUCUCCAUGAUGCAUUGCCUAACACAGGUCAACCUGUCCUCCCCUCUUAAUCAUGGAUAAGAGCUUGGUUAAUCAUCCUUAUUACUGUAAUAACAUUAGAAAGUGGAUGACUGUAUGCCUUUAGUCUAGGCUGGUGUUAGUGUCGACCAAUGCGCACAGCCGUUCUGUGACCUUGCAAAUCACUUUAUGCCGUUGUAAGGUGGCCAAACAGCCCAAGCCCCUCUUCCUUUAACUAUCUUAUAAUUCAUAUGUUCAAGCAUAUGUCAGGGCAAAGAUUGAAUCAAGCUGGGUAGCUGUGGGCUGUAGGUCAUGUAUGGAGGUUAUACUGUACGUGGUCUAGGAGUAGUGUGUUUACAUUGUCUACAGGUGUUGCGUUGGUGUGUCUUCGUGCUCAUGAAGUCUACCCUGACGUAUGUUGAGGAUCUCUGACACUGAUGGAGAAACAGACUCUGCCUCGACACAAGGUGGCUACACGCCCACUCUCCCACCCACACACAGCCUGUCCCCGUCUAUUUAAAAAGACCAACAAAGUCACCCCACAACGAUAUCACCAUCCGUUAACUCAACUCUGUCAGCUCCUGAGAUGUAGUCAGGCAGGGAGGUGACGACUCGCGUUUCCAGGUGCCAUGGUAACAGAACUGUUCUCUGUGGUUUCUUCUCUCUUCCUCUUCCCAAAGCCCAAUCCAAUAUUAAAGCUAAACCAAUGCAUCUAUGAACAUGACCCAUGCCACAGUUUUUAUGAAGUCAUUAUUUUCAUUACGGUAUUGUGAAGAGAUAUGUGCGCAUAUGUUUUUUUGUACAAAACCCCCUCCAAUGGAGUCACGUAACGCUACAGGUGCUGUUUUCUGUCUUCUAAUUUCUCUCAUCUUCUCUAAUUUAUUGUGCCCUUUUCUCCAAGGCUGUUUUGCCUCUUUCGCUGAUAAGUUUUUCUUUUUAUAUUAUUCAUCCUUUCAAUUUGGUUUAGUCACUGCUAAUGUAACAAAACGCACUGUGAUGAUUCCUGUAUUAAUAAAAUAUGUACUUAAACUGUG